CUGAGCUGAGCUCUAAGGAAGAGUGAGUACUGGCCAAGAGAUGAGGGAAGAGCCGACAGCAGGUGCAGUGUGCUGUGCUGUGCUAUGAGGGUGGAAAGCAGCUCAGUGUGGCAGGGGUGUGGGUGAGAGAGGUUGGCGGGGGUGUGUCAGGACCCCAUCCUGAGUGUGGUGGGAGCUGGCCCAGGGCCAGGGCCAGGGCCAGAACUGGGUGUCAGGAUAACUAGCCUUCAGGGUGGGGCAGAGUUGGAGGCCAGGGAUGGGGCAAAGGGGCAGGAGCAAUGGGUGCAGGCCCUGGGAGAGCUUAGGGACAGUAGGGAAGGGGAGGGCCCUGCCUAGGGGAGGAGGAAUGGUGUGGCAGGGCCCUGGUGACUCCAGUGAGCUUCAGUUCUGGGAAAGGGGAAGCUGCCUGUGGCCUGGGCAGGUGGCACAGCUUCCUCUUUCUCUGAGGCUUCCAGGGCUGCACCUCCCUGGGCCUCCACCACCUCUGGCUGCCACCAUGGUCUGGGGCCCUCAACUUGAGGCCCUGGUCAUGGCCUUGACUAGUUGGCUUUUCUCCAGGGAAUUUCUGGUUCUAAUUGUUUGGGCAUUUUUUUGGAGGGCUGAGACUGAGGAAGCCCUCCCCACCUCAUGAGCCUGUUUGGAGGCCUCCCACUUCAGACAUGGGGCUGGGUGUGGAGUUUUGUGGCAAAUAAAACAGACGUUGCUGCCCUCACCCCUGUCUGGUGGGGGAGCAAGGAAUAAACAAGUAGGCAAACAAAUACUUAAUCAUAGCCUUCCGCCAGCAGGGCAGAGGAGAAGGGCUGUGGAGGAGGAAAUCCCAUGACCUACUUUAGUUUCAUUAACUCCUUUAAACCCCGUGACUGGCUGGGCACAGCUGCUCAUACCUGGAAUCCCAGCACUUUGAGAGGCCAAGGCGAGAGGAUCACUUGAGCCCAAAAAUUGGAGACCUGCCUGGGCAGCCAACCCUGUCCCUGCAAACAGUAAAUAAAACUUUAGCCAGGUGUGGUGGGGCAGGCCUGCAGUCCCAGUUACUCAAGAGGCUGACGUGGGAGGAUUGAUUAAAAGUUGAGUUGCAGUGAGCUGUGAUCAUGCUACUGCACCCCAUCACAGAUGGCAGAGCAAGAUACUGUCUCAGAAAAACAGAACAAAUCCCCCAGAAAACUGCAUGACAGCCUUGCCAUGGGAGAUGGACCGUGAACAUCCCCAUCUUGUAAAUGAGGAAACUGAGACCCAGUGACCUGAAGGUCCCACAGGUAGUUGGUGGCAGUGGAGACUGGGCCCCAGGCUAGGAGACUUGCUGGACGAGUGGCCUCUAAGCUGAGUUCCUUCUCUGCUCUGCACCUCCCCCCAACCACAUGGGGCCUCUCCUCCCCAUCCAGUGUGGCUCGGUAUGGGUGUGGCUCUCCUCUGUCAGGUGUCCCAGGCUCUGGGGCCUCACUGACUGCCCAGCCUUCAGAAUGCAGAGGCAGAUGUGGGGGUCUUCACAAAUCCCCUCGCAGCUGAGGGGCUUCCACCUGAACUUGUUUUUUGGUUACAGAUGCAGGCCUGUUUUAGACCAUCGAGGCCUCUUGGGGCAGGGGGUGGGGAUGCUGAGCAGCAGGUGUGGACAUGUGUGCACAUCAGGCCUUUCUGCCUGACUGGGCAAGUCCAGCGGGGGCUCAGUCUGGGCUAAGUGGGAGCCGGGCAGCCAGACUGGAGUAAGUGCUGGUUUGGGGUAAUGAGAAGGUGCUUAAUUAGAAGGCGCAAGGCCCUAGGUGGCAGUGUCUGUGCGUGUGCUGGAGUGGCCCUCGCUGACUUUGAGUCUGGGCCAUUGGACCCUGCUUUCCUCCUGGAAGGUUCUAGAUCACACAGCAUCUGUCUGCAGAUGAGCAGCUGCUCCCUGUGGGCUCAGGUCGACUAGCAGGUGCCACCCAGGGUCGGGGGUGGUUCUAAGGCUCUCUGCUGUGGUCGAUUUGCCUCUUUUCACCCCUGCUUCAGCCCUCUGGGCCCAUCUUGGAGACAUGGAGGGGUGCUGGAGCUGGAGACUGGGCUGUCAGGUUGGUCACAGUUACCCCGGGCUCUGUACUACACAGUCAGGCCUAUCGGGGAAGUGAAGCCUGAGGACUUGGGGCGUGUGAUCAGGUCUGUGGGUUAGAUCCCUCAGAGGACAGGGGAGGGGCCAUGGGAAUAGACUUGAGGUGGGAGCUGGGCCCCUGCAAGGGGACAGAAACUGGAAGGAAGACUUGCAACCAAAUCCGAGGCAUUACAAGGGACCCUCCCCAAAAGGCCUGGGAGUGCCAUCUGUUGGGGGUUGACUGCCAGGUGUGGCCUCCACCCUACACUGUGGCCCUGCCUUCUCCUGUCCCUGGCUUCCCCUGAGCUAGCCUGGGACCCAGAGUGGCUGCCAGUGAUCUGGAGAGUCCUGAGAUGAUGUGACCAUGCCCCCUCCCAAGUGUAACUCAAAACCUGGGCCCUUCUGAGGUCUGCUGAGAGGGAGGGCGGGCAGACAGAUUGGUUUCCUGUGCUGCUAUUCUAGGUGGGAAGGCUGGGCAGGCUUCAGGGAGAAGGCUCUGAGUGACCUGGAACCUACCACAGGCAGCACUUUCUCACCUCCCCCGGCUUGGAGUCAGCUGGGGGCCUCGGCCUUUGGGGGCCCUGAGCCAGUGGCUGGGUUUCCAAACUUCCCUGGGCUUAAGAGGCUGCGUGUGCCCUGAGGAGCACAGCUUCUCUCAGCCUCGUGCGCCUGAAGCCAGGCCUCCAGGAGGUCCACAGCAGACUUCCUUGCUCUGCCACUGUCCUUCCUGCUGUCUGAUGUGAGUCCUUCGUCUUGCAGUGUCUGCCUCAUCCACUGGCUAAAGGUUUCUCCAGAGUAGGCUGCUGUCUGGGCCUGGGGGCCUCAGCCUCAGCCUCAGACCGGUGGGCUGCGGAGCCACAAGGGAUAUUUCUCUGAAGUGUCACACACUGCGCUCCCACUCUGCUUUAUUUUGUUUCUUGGCACUUACCACCAGCCGGUGGGGGCACCUCUCUGUGGUUGCAGUUAGUCUCCCAUGGGGUGGAGCUCCCUAAAAACAGGGACACUGUCUGUCUUGUUUAUACCGAUUUCCCCAGUGCCCACACGCAGUAGGUGUUGGAGAAAUGACAAAGACCGAACGUUGGCUGCCGUGACCACCGCAGCCCCAUAGGUCUGCCUGGGGCAGAACUGUGACCAGACAUGUCCCAGCCUCAAGGGAGGAGUCAGCCUUCUUGGAAGAGGCCAGCCACUGCCGGGGGCCUGAGGAUGAAACCGCACCUGCUGUGCCUGUCCCUGUCCUGCUUCCUUAUGCUGCUACCCUGGCCUCUGGCCACCCUGACAUCAACAACCCUUUGGCAGUGCCCACCUGGGGAGGAGCCUGACCUGGACCCGGGGCAGGGCACAUUAUGUAGGCCCUGUCCCCCAGGCACCUUCUCAGCUGCAUGGGGCUCCAGCCCAUGCCAGCCCCAUGCCCGCUGCAGCCUUCGGAGGAGGCUGGAGGCUCAGGUGGGCACAGCGACUCGAGAUACACUCUGUGGAGACUGCCGGCCUGGAUGGUUUGGGCCUUGGGGGGUCCCCCGUGUUCCAUGUCAACCAUGUUCCUGGGCACCUCUGGGUACUCAUGGCUGUGAUGAGUGGGGGCGGCGGGCCCGACGUGGCGUGGAGGUGGCAGCAGGGGCCAGCGGCGGUGGUGAGAUGCGGCAGCCUGGUAAUGGCACCCGGGCGGGUGGCCCGGAGGAGACAGCAGCCCAGUACGCGGUCAUCGCCAUCGUGCCUGUCUUCUGCCUCAUGGGGCUGCUGGGCAUCCUGGUGUGCAAUCUCCUCAAGCGGAAGGGCUACCACUGCACGGCGCACAAGGAGGUCGGGCCUGGCCCUGGAGGUGGAGGCAGUGGAAUCAAUCCUGCCUACCGGGCUGAGGACGCCAAUGAGGACACCAUUGGGGUCCUGGUUCGCCUGAUCACUGAGAAGAAAGAGAAUGCUGCGGCCCUGGAGGAGCUGCUGAAAGAGUACCACAGCAAACAGGUGGUGCAGACGAGCCACAGGCCUGUGUCCAAGCUGCCGCCAGCGCCCCCGAACGUGCCGCAUAUCUGCCCGCACCGCCACCACCUCCAUACUGUGCAGGGCCUGGCCUCCCUCUCUGGCCCCUGCUGCUCCCGUUGUAGCCAGAAGAAGUGGCCCGAGGUGCUCCUGUCCCCUGAGGCUGCAGCUGCCACUACUCCUGCUCCCAGCCUUCUGCCUAACCUGACCAGGGUUCCCAAGGCUGGGGCCAAGGCAGGACGCCAGGGCGAGAUCACCAUCUUGUCUGUGGGCAGGUUCCGUGUGGCCCGAAUUCCUGAGCAGCGGACAAGUUCAAUGGUGUCUGAGGUGAAGACCAUCACGGAGGCUGGACCUUCGGGGGGUAAUCUUUCUGACUCCCCACAACCUGGCCUCCCUGCUGAGCAGCAGGCACUGCUAGGAAGUGGUGGAAGCCGUACUAAGUGGCUGAAGCCCCCAGCAGAGAACAAGGCCGAGGAGAACCGCUAUGUGGUCCGGCUAAGUGAGAGCAACCUGGUCAUCUGAAGGGCAGUCUAGUCUGAGGACACUGCAGCUCUUCCCUGGGAGGUUCCAAAGGCUUCCUAGAGGAGGUGGAGCUGCAGCUAGGACUGUGAGGACCAAGAAGCAAUGGCCCAGCAGACCAGACGGCGAAGACCAAGGCCUGGAGAUGGGAGUGUCCACCCCAGCGAGGAGGCAGGUGGCUGGCAGGCACUGUGUGCAGGAGCGGACUGAGCCCCGCCUCCAGCCCUGCUGCCAGGUUGUUCCCCUGCAGGAUGCCCUGGCCCCUAUGCCUUCCCUGGCUAGAUCCUAGGAGCUCAUGGGAUUCUCUGUAUCCCCAGAGGGCUGGGCUUGGCAGAGGGGAAGGGCCGUGCCCGUCACCGGUGGCCCCAUGCCUUGGUAAUUAGCCAUGCCCUUGCCUCUGUCCAGGGCCCUAGAGCAGAUGUGCCUCCCCCUCCUCUUCUGGCAGGUACUGUAAAGGAAGGGGCAACAAAAAGUCCUGGGAUGGGAGAAUGAGUCCCUGGGUUCUAAUCUUGGACCAUCCAUGGCCAUUGUCAGGUCCAUUUUUCUGACUGUGAAGUGGGGAGAGACGUCUCAGUAUCCAGGACCUCUCCAGCUCUUUGUAGGUUCUGGGCUGGGUUGUGGGGACUGGGGAGCUGGGCUCUACCACCCCUCCUAUGAGUAGCUUUAUCCAGCCCCAUUUUUGCUGCUUCCAGAGCCUCCGCCUUCAAGGCCCCACGGGGCUGUCCAUCCUUGGCUCUCCCUAAGGAAGGGGCUUAAUGCAUGUGCCUGUCCCCCUCCAACCCAGCUGUUUUUAAUGAAACCAAAAAAACAGACUUGGUCCUGGCAGGACUGUGGUGCAGCACCCCAGCCUGCCCAGCCAGCCCCAAGGUCUCAGGAGCUUUAGGGAGAAGAGUGUUGGCGGGGCUGGAGCGCACCUCGGGCCUCUGUGGUUUCUGCGUCCCUGUGGUGCCAGUGCCUCUGGGCAGUGCAGGUGGCUGCUGGGCCCAGCCCUGACCUCCACUGUGGCUCAGCAACCUAUUUUAUUUAUGUGGGGCCAUGCAGGCGUGGGCCCACUGCUUGUCCGUCCUGUUUCUCUUAUUUAUUGAAAGUUGCUGUUGCACUAUCCUUAUGUCUCCAUCCCCUUCUAUUUGUUGAAUAAUAAAAGGUGGGAAAGUGCUGUCACGAGGAGCUCCUUUUCUCUGUGCCCUUCCCAGCUUAUCCACCUGUUCCACGUGUGCCUGUCGAGCCCUCUCCUGUGUUGGGCACCGUGACUGGCUGCCUUCCCCUCGAAGCUCGCGUGCCUCGGCAGCAAGGAAAGCAGGCCCAGAGGAGACCCCUCACCUCAUCUGGUUCUCACCAAAGCUCCUAGCUAUAGGCAGGGCUGUCCCACAGAAAUAGCAUGAGCCACAUAUGUGACUUUAAAUUUUUGGACAACCAUAUUUCAAAAAGUAAAAAAGCAGGUGAAUUUAAUUUUAAUAAUAUAUUUAACCCAGUCUAUCCAAAAUAUUUUCAUUUCAAUAUAAAAUCAGUAUUAAAAUUGUGAA